AUGAGAAUAACAGAGAUAGUUAUCGACGGCUUCAAGUCGUAUGCCCAACGCACAACGAUAUCGGGAUGGGAUGAGAGCUUCAACGCGGUCACUGGCCUUAAUGGCAGUGGAAAGUCGAAUAUUCUUGACGCGAUAUGCUUCGUCCUCGGCAUUACGAGCAUGUCAACGGUUCGAGCUCAAAACAUACAGGACCUCAUUUACAAACGCGGACAGGCAGGAGUUAAUAAAGCCAGUGUCACAAUCACAUUCAACAACGAUGACAAGAAAAAGUCACCCAUCGGUUUCGAGUCGCAACCUGUCAUCAGUGUCACGAGGCAAAUCGCUCUUGGAGGACAAUCAAAGUAUCUCAUCAAUGGCCACAGAGCCCAACAACAGACGGUGCAAAACCUGUUUCAGUCUGUGCAGCUCAACAUCAACAAUCCCAAUUUUGUCAUCAUGCAAGGCAAAAUUACCAAGGUUCUCAACAUGAAGGCCGCCGAGAUUCUUGCCAUGAUUGAGGAGGCAGCCGGCACUCGAAUGUUCGAAGACCGCAGAGACAAGGCGAUCAAGACCAUGGCGAAGAAGGAAUUGAAGCUGCAAGAACUCCGAGAGUUGUUGAAAGAUGAAAUCGAGCCUAAGCUGGAAAAGUUACGAACAGAAAAAAGAGCUUUCUUGGACUUCCAGCAGACUCAAAAUGACCUCGAGAGACUGACCAGAAUCGUUGUAGCAUACGACUAUUCUCGUUGUCAAGAAAAGGCGAAGCAAUCAGCCGCUGACCUGGAAGACAAGAAGAGGCGGCAGAAGGAGCUCGAGGAGAGUGCCGUCAGGAUGAAGAAUGAGAUAGCUCAUCUCGAGGAAGACAUCAAAAGGAUGCGAACGGAGCGCGACAAGGAGUUGAAGAAGGGUGGAAAGGCCCAAUCACUCGAGGAAGCCGCCAAGAAACAUUCGAAUGAGCUUGUUCGCCUCACAACGGUCAUGGAUUUGAAAAAGUCAAGUCUGGCAGAGGAAGAAGAAAAGAAGACCAAUGGUGAAAAGAAUGUAUCAGAAUUAGAGGCCUCACUUCAAGAGAAGACAAAGGCCUUCGAGCUUGUGAAAGUCAAAUAUGAUGCUGCGAAGGAGGAAGUCUCAAAACAGUCGAAAGAAGCCGAUUCAAAGGAGGAGCUUCUACAGACCCUUCAAACAGGCGUGGCAUCAAAGGAUGGACAGGAGAUGGGCUACCAGGGCCAGCUCCAAGAUGCCAAGAACCGUGCAACAACUGCCGCGACAGAACAGGAGCAAGCGAAGAUCAAAAUAUCGCACCUGCAGAGCCGUGUCAAGGAGGAGGAGCCCCGUGCUCAAAAGGCCAAGGAGCAAAACAAAGGUCUUCUUCAAGAGCUGGAUAGUCUGAAAAUCCACGCUCAGAAGCUAGAAAAAGAGCUCGCCAGACUUGGUUUUGAACCUGGCCAAGAAGAUGAAAUGUACAAGCAAGAGUCGUCGUUGCAUCAGACCAUUCGCAGACUGCGCCAAGAGUCGGAUAAGCUCAAAGGCCAGGUAGCCAACAUCGACUUCAACUACGCUGAUCCAGUACCCAAUUUCGACCGAUCCAAGGUCAAGGGCUUGGUUGCUCAGCUCUUCACUCUCGAUGAGAAGCACACCAAGGCUGGUACAGCAUUGGAUAUCUGUGCGGGCGGUCGUUUGUACAAUGUCGUGGUCGAUACCGAAGUCACCGGCACCCAGCUUCUGCAAAAAGGAAAACUACGAAAGCGAGUGACCAUCAUCCCGCUCAACAAAAUCGCAACAUUCAAAGCAUCAGCGCAAACCAUUGCUACGGCGCAAAGUAUUGCGCCUGGUAAAGUUGAUCUUGCCCUUUCACUCGUGGGAUACGACGAUGAGGUUUCAGCAGCUAUGGAGUAUGUCUUUGGGAAUACCCUUAUCUGUGAAGAUGCGGAGACUGCAAAGAGGGUUACGUUCGAUCCGAAUGUGCGAAUGAGAAGCAUCACGCUUGAAGGUGACUCCUACGAUCCGUCUGGCAUGCUGUCGGGUGGAAGUAAAUCACCCUCCAGCGGGGUCCUGGUUACUCUACAGAAGCUCAAUGCCUUGAACCGCGAACUUGUUGAGGCCGAACAAAGCCUAAAGCAACUUCAGAGCAAGCUUGCCAAGGAGAAGUCCAAGCUCGCUCAGGCUCGUCAGAUCAAGCAAGACCUUGACCUCAAGAUCCACGAAAUCAAGCUUGCCGAGGAGCAAAUCAGUGGCAACUCUUCGUCCUCCAUCAUUCAAGAUGUUGAGAACAUGAAAGCAAAGAUUACUGAUUUAAAGGAGAAGAUCACCGAAGCAAAGUCUCGUCAGCAAGAAGCCAGCGCGGAUGUCAAGAGGAUAGAGAAAGAUAUGAAUGACUUCGACAACAACAAAGAUGGCAAACUGGUGGAGCUGCAACAAUCCAUUGAUAAACUGCGAGCCGGUGUAGAGAAAAACUCAAAGGCGCUCAAGGUGCUUCAGAAAGAAGUACAAGGCGCCCAGCUGGAUCUUGAGCAAGUCGGCGCCGAUCUGUCAGCUGCCCGCGAGUUGCUACAGGAGGUAGAGGUCAACAUCAAAGCUCAACAGCAAGACAUUGAGAACCUAGUCAAGCAACAGGCCGAAGUAUCAGAAACGCAUGAUGCUGUCCAGGCCGAGUUGGACGCAGAACGAGCCAAAUUGCACUUCUUUAACCACGAGCUCCAGGCACUAGAGGAAGCCACCCGAUCAAAGAAUGCCCGAAUCACCGAGGAAGGCUUGGAGAAGCAAAAGCUUGGUCAUCAAAUAGACCGAUUCCACAAGGAGCAGCACGGUGCUUCAGAGAAUGUAGCUCGGCUGGAGGCAGAGCACGAGUGGAUUCAGGACGAAAAGGACAAGUUCGGCCGAAGCGGUACACCCUACGACUACAAUGGCCAGAACAUCGGGGAGUGCAAGGCAAUGGAACGCAACCUCAGGGAACGCUUCCAGGGCAUGAGGAAGAAGAUCAAUCCCAAGGUCAUGAAUAUGAUCGAUAGUGUCGAGAAGAAGGAGGUUUCUCUGAAGCACAUGAUCAAGACCGUCAUACGAGACAAGAGGAAGAUCGAGGAGACAAUCGUCAGUCUGGAUGACUACAAAAAAAAGGCCCUCCGCGAAACCUGGGAGAAGGUCAACAAGGACUUUGGGCAAAUCUUCUCCGAGCUCCUGCCAGGGGGCAGCUUCGCCAAGCUUGAUCCUCCAGAGGGCAAGGACAUCAGCGACGGGCUGGAGGUCAAGGUCUGCCUGGGUAAAGUAUGGAAACAGAGCUUGACGGAGCUCAGCGGUGGACAACGGUCCCUGGUUGCAUUGUCUCUGAUCAUGGCGUUGCUGCAAUUCAAGCCGGCUCCCAUGUACAUCCUGGACGAGGUCGACGCCGCCCUGGAUCUUUCUCACACACAAAACAUUGGUCGUCUGAUCAAGACCCGGUUCAAGGGCUCGCAGUUCAUCGUUGUCAGUCUCAAGGACGGCAUGUUUCAGAAUGCCAACCGCAUCUUCCGUACGCGGUUUAGUGACGGAACAAGCGUGGUUCAGGCGCUGACGCCGGCGGAUAUGAGGUGA